AGUCACCGUAACUGCAAGGGGACUCUUCUUGGCAGGGGUAUGGAUGUGUGUGUGUGUGUGUGAAAGAAAGGAGUUUCUCAGGAAGAGGGAAUGUGUGACUGAGGAAAGGGCAUUUCCUAAGAUACUGUAAGAGAAGUGCCCCUUGACGUGACGGGGACAGGAGAAAGAAACUGAGAGGAGACGGGGAGAGAGAAGUAGUGAGGGAGCAGAAUGGGGCCCCUGUGAUACGAGAUUGAGAGAAGAGGCGUUUCUCGUAAAGAGGUAGCUUGAGUGAGCUAGGGACUUGAGGGUAUUGCACAUUCCUAAGGAGGGUGUAAAAGUUGCGACCGGCUUCUCGUGAUGAGGGUGUGUGUAAAAGGAUGUCGGUCGGCUCUCCUUGACGUGGCGCUGUUUUUGUAGGCAGCAGUGAUUUAGGGACGGAGGUGGCAGUCUCUCUGACAAGUGUGUGAGAGAAAGGAGUGUUUCUCAUGAAGAGGAUGCAAGUGAGAAAGGAACGUGGGUAAGAGGCGUGACAAUUUGUAUUAGGGGGUGUAGCUCCUCUUUGACAAGGAUAUGUGUACAAUGUGUGUUUUGAGGCAGAGAGACCAGAGUGGGUGUAAGAAAGCGGUGUUCCUGUUAGUAAAGAGAGCAGGGGCCAUUCCUUUUCACUGCAUGUGUGCAAAAAGCGUUCCCCAAGCUAGGAUUUGUACGGGUGGAAUUGAGAAAGGGGCGGUCCAAAUGACGUAGAGCGCGCGUGCGUAUGUCUGUCGCCCCUCCUCCUCCCUGGUCCCGCUCGCUGUUGCCCAUCCGUCAGUCUUUUCGUCCACCUGGCCCACCUGAAGCCCCGCCUCCUCCGCCCUCUUCUUCGGUACGACUUGGUCCCACCCCUGUCCCGUUUGCGUCAAGGAGGAGGCGGUGCUCAGUCCGCCUAGUUCCCGCGGCUCGUAGGGGGCGGGGCCUCGGGCGGGCUCUUGGGUCUGGGCCCGACGCUCCGCCGCCGUCCCGGCGUGCCCCGCGUUGGCCAGCGAGAAGCUAUUCGGUGACUCACCACCCGCCCUCUCGCGCUCUCCUUCCCCCUUCCCUCCCUCUCGCACUCACACACACCCGGCCCGAGAUGGCGGCGGCAGCGGGGGACUCGGACUCCUGGGACGCGGACACGUUCUCGGUGGAGGAGCCGGUGCGGAAGGCGGGGGGCGCGGCCGGCGGGGACCGCUGGGAGGGCGAGGAUGAGGAUGACGACGUCAAGGAAAACUGGGAUGACGAUGAUGAAGAAAAAAAAGAGGAGACAGAGGUAAAACCAGAAACAAAAGUUUCAGAAAAAAAGAAAAUAGCAGAGAAAAUCAAAGAGAAAGAACGGCAACAGAAGAAGAGACAAGAAGAAAUUAAGAAAAGGUUGGAAGAACCCGAAGAAUCGAAAGAGCUUACACCAGAAGAACAAUUAGCAGAUAAACUACGGCUAAAGAAAUUACAGGAAGAGGCAGACCUUGAAUUAGCAAAAGAAACCUUUGGUGUUAAUAACACAGUCUGUGGUAUAGAUGCUAUGAACCCCUCUUCAAGAGAUGACUUCACAGAGUUUGGCAAGUUACUAAAAGAUAAAAUUACACAGUAUGAAAAAUCUCUAUAUUAUGCCAGUUUCUUGGAAGCAUUAGUUCGAGAUGUGUGCAUUUCAUUGGAAAUUGAUGACUUGAAAAAGAUUACCAAUUCACUGACAGUGCUAUGCAGUGAAAAGCAGAAACAAGAAAAGCAAAGCAAAGCCAAAAAGAAGAAGAAAGGUGUGGUUCCUGGAGGGGGAUUAAAGGCUACAAUGAAAGAUGAUCUUGCAGACUAUGGUGGAUAUGAUGGAGGAUAUGUGCAAGACUUUGAAGACUUCAUGUGACAUUUCAUCUUCUCCCCAUUGUCUUCUUCUGUUGCCCACAGUCCCUUCAACAUGUAGCACACAACUUCCUUUCCUUUCAGUUCUGCCAAAUGCUACAAUCAGAAGUGCAGUAUCUUUGUGCUGGUUACUUAACCCCUUGACACUUAGGUGCUAAUGCAAUGGGGAACUUGGUUCUUGUUGCCAAGGGGUUAAAAUCGGGAAACUUGGUUGCUACUAAAUCACAGUAAAAGAAAUCCUAAUAAUGUUGUCAUUGUUGCUAUCUGGUUCCAGGGCAGCAGAGUCACUAAAUUGGAAACAAUAGUUGCAACGUGACAAAAAAAAGUGUAGUAUUUACCAGCACCAUUCAAUAAUACAGCCUUAACCAUACCUCCUUGAACUACUUCAUAUCUUGUCAACAAAAGCAGUUUGCAACAAGGGCAUGUGGGUGUGCACCUAGUAUUAAAAUUGCUUUGUCUUAAGGUAGAACGUGAGGAUUUUAAAAAUACAUUGCAAAGAAGACUGCUUAUUUCAGAGUAAGGAUACUGUGCCUGAGAUGGCUACUAGUUUGACAUUUUAAAAAAAUUAAAUGACCAAAAACCACCAACUUUGAAGCCGCAGAGGUAAUGUCUCCAUUAUUGCAUUUGACAAAAUCCAACUUGUGGUAUUUCGAGCAUAUAAACAGUCUAGUUUAUAUUUACCGGAAUAUUUCUACUGAUGCAGCUCUUAAGGGAAAGGGUGGGGGUGGGGUGGGGGAAUUCUUUACCUGUUUUAUUUGCCUGAUUUUAAGAUGUCUGAGAAACAAAACUUCCUUUGUUCUCCUAGGCUGAAACAGAACAACUUUCACAGGGUUUUGGCAUUUCCUUUCCUUUACAAACAUGCUUAUUAGCAAACUGCAACAGUUACUACUACAGUUUGGUAAAUUGUUAUGUUAACAAUUAUGACAUCUGCAAUGUUUUAUAAAGCAACUAAUUUAAUAAAAUCACUAUUGUGAGGACUUCAUUUUGUGUGUGAGCUCCCAGGAAACACUGACGUGUCCUGAUGCUGACUUGAUUUUUCAACUAAGUUUGCCUUUGAUUGAAGAAAGCAUAUAUCAAGUGGAGAGAAUGGAAGAGAUCCCUUCUGUAGUCACAGAAGUCCAAUGAAUACUUGUUUGCUGCUGCUCCAUUAGAGGGAUGCAAGUUGUUGAGGAGACAAGCCAUUAACAUGACAUUGAAACUCUUAAGGUGUGGACUACCUAUUCCUACUACUCUGACAUGUUAGAGAAUUUAAAUGCUUAAAUACUACUAGUCUACUGUUUGUAAGAAGUGUUCUUUCACAGAGCCCUUAAAUUUGAAGCUCUCAGCAGCUUUACAGGGAUGAUUUAAGUGUAUAAAAUGCCUAUGAAUACUUAUAACAAGUUUAUUUCCACAUUUUUUCUAUAGCCAUUGAACCAAAGUGGUAUUGAAUUGAGUUUCACUGUAAUAAGAUUCUUAGAGCGUCUUUGUAAAAGAGGGUAAGAACACAAAGUUCUGUUCUAGGUUUUUUAAUGUCACAGGGAUAGAAAGUUAAUGAGAAAGAACAUUUUUCAUAUUUGGCCUGUUAAAAUGUUCUAGGAAGAGACCACAAACAAUAACCUGGCCUCCUAGGCAGGGCUUCAUAACUGUUUUUGGCAAUCUGGUGAAACCUGUGACUUUCUCAGAAUGUUUUUAACUAUCUACAAAGGAAACUAAGUGUUGAAAUAAUUCAUCAGAUAGUUUUGGUUAUGAACCCCUGCUCUGCACUAGCUGAGGCAGGGUAAAAUGGGAUCAGUUUCUCUACUGGCAUGUAAUGUGAAGAAAAGCUACUGGAUGAGAGAGCAUGCAAUCAAUGGGAAGGCAUUCCAGUUUUGUGGGGAAACCAUAAUUUCUGACAAGCUACAAAUGGUUUUCAGCUAUAUAAAAUUUAUUCACAGGCACGGAAAACCUUUUGAACUGCAGACACAGAUUCUUAAUCAGUAUUGCACUCUCUCUUUGACUUCGGCUGUGUGGUGGUCAAAUCCACUUCUACUUUAUAAAACAUUCUCUGGCUCUUGGAAGUAGUUUCUUCUAGAUGCUGACAGAAAGAUGCAACUACCCAACUUGAACAGUUUACUUUUAAAUAAAAACUUCAUUAUUAGAA